AUGGGUUCUUUUGAUUGUGGGUGUUGUCUCACUUCUCAUGCGGUGCAAUCUAUCUAUGGUAUUUCCACUGAUAUUGAGGAUUUUGAAAAUGCAUCUUCAGAGAAAAUGGUUAUUGCUACUUCGAUAGUUGUUCUGGCGUCCUGGAAGUGGAAAACAAAUAGGUCAAAGAGGACGGUACUAGGAGGUGACUUCCCAUGUGAAGACAUGAUUGAACUUGAGGAAACUCUUUAA